CGCGGCGGACACACAGCACAGACUGUUUCCUGUCGGUAGCUUGUGCACAUGAGGUUGUAGUGACCACAGAGAUCAGUGCAGGCUGCUGCUCAGUCUGUCCCCGCGGCGCUGCCACCAUGGCGUUUGUACCCGCACCCAGUCCCACAGUGGUGGACCAGACCACUCUGAUGAAGAAGUACCUGCAGUUUGUUGCCGCCCUCACAGAUACAAACACACCUGAUGAAACGAAGCUGAAGAUGAUGCAGGAGGUCAGCGAGAACUUUGAGAACGUGACAUCUUCGCCUCAGUACUCCACCUUCUUGGAACACAUAAUCCCUCGCUUCCUGACGUUCCUUCAGGAUGGAGAGGUGCAGUUUCUCCAAGAAAAACCUACUCAGCAAUUGAGAAAGUUGGUGCUCGAAAUCAUCCACCGCAUCCCAACAAACGAACACCUUCGUCCGCACACCAAGAACAUCUUAUCAGUGAUGUUUCGCUUCCUGGAGAUUGAAAGUGAGGAAAAUGUGCUGAUUUGCCUUCGGAUCAUUAUUGAACUGCACAAACAGUUUCGCCCUCCAAUCUCUCAGGAGAUUCACCACUUUCUGGACUUUGUGAAGCAGAUUUAUAAAGAUCUUUCUAAAGUUGUUGCCAGGUACUUUGAGAAUCCUCAGGUGAUAGCUGAAAACACCGUGCCCUCACCUGACAUGGUGGGGAUGAUUACAUCUGUCUUGGUUAAGACCGCACCUGAGAGGGAGGACAGCGAAACACGAACACACACCAUCAUCCCUCGGGGGUCGUUGUCGCUCAAGGUUCUGGCUGAGUUGCCCAUCAUCGUUGUGCUGAUGUAUCAGCUGUAUAAACUGAACAUUCACAACGUGGUGUCAGAGUUUGUGCCKCUCAUCAUGAACACCAUCAUGCUCCAGGUGUCUCCCCAGGCCAGGCAACACAAACUCUUUAACAAGGAGCUGUAUGCAGACUUCAUUGCUGCGCAAAUCAAGACUCUGUCAUUUCUGGCCUACAUCAUCCGGAUCUACCAGGACAUGGUAGGGAAAUACUCCCAGCAGUUGGUGAAAGGCAUGCUGCAGCUUCUUUCCAACUGCCCGUCUGAGACCGCUCACCUCCGCAAGGAGCUGCUCAUCGCCGCCAAGCACAUCCUCACAACUGACCUGCGCAGCCAGUUUAUCCCCUGUAUGGACAAACUUUUUGAUGAAUCYAUUCUGAUCGGCUCUGGUUACACUGCUCGAGAGACGCUCAGACCCCUGGCCUACAGCACGCUGGCAGAUCUGGUUCACCAUGUUCGCCAGAACUUGCCCCUGACCGAUUUAUCUCUAGCUGUGCAGCUCUUUGCUAAGAACAUCGAUGACGAGUCGCUUCCCAGUAACAUCCAGACCAUGUCCUGCAAGCUGCUUCUCAACCUGGUGGACUGUAUCCGCUCCAAGUCGGAGCAGGAGAACGGGAACGGACGGGACAUUCUGAUGAGGAUGCUGGAGGUGUUUGUGUUGAAGUUUCACACGAUUGCGCGCUACCAGCUUGUCUCGAUCUUUAAAAAAUGCAAGCCUCAGUCGGAGAUGGGUGUGGUUGACCCAGGGGUUUUACCCGGGGUCCCCGCCACACCCACACCUUCCACCACCCCUGCCCUUCCACCACCCGCUCCCCCGACGCCCGUUGCAGCUCCGCCUCCCGCACCAGCGACGCCCUUCGAUCGACCCGGAGACAAAGAAGACAAACAGACGUUUCAGGUGUCGGACUGUCGCAGCUUGGUCAAGACUUUGGUGUGCGGAGUGAAGACCAUCACGUGGGGGAUCACCUCCUGCAAAGCUCCUGGAGAGGCUCAGUUCAUUCCUAACAAGCAACUCCAGCCAAAAGAGACUCAAAUCUACAUUAAACUGGUCAAAUACGCCAUGCAGGCCUUGGACAUCUACCAGGUUCAAGUUGCUAAUAACCAGCAGACGUACAUCAGAGUGGCCAACUGCCAGACGGUACGCAUGAAGGAGGAGAAAGAAGUUCUGGAGCAUUUCGCUGGGGUCUUCACCAUGAUGAACCCGCUAACCUUCAAGGAGAUUUUCCAGACAACUGUGCCAUACAUGGUGGAGAGGAUUUCCAAGAACUAUGCAUUGCAGAUUGUGGCAAACUCCUUCCUGGCCAACCUCUCAACAUCAGCUCUGUUUGCUACCAUCUUGGUCGAGUAUCUUCUUGAACGGCUGCCAGAGAUGGGCUCCAAUGUUGAGCUGUCAAACCUCUACCUCAAACUCUUCAAACUUGUCUUUGGCUCAGUGUCGUUGUUUGCUGCCGAGAACGAGCAGAUGCUGAAGCCACACCUCCACAAGAUAGUGAACAGCUCCAUGGAGCUGGCGCAGUCUGCAAAAGAGCCCUACAACUACUUCCUGCUUCUCCGGGCUCUCUUCCGCUCCAUUGGUGGAGGCAGCCACGACCUCCUCUACCAGGAGUUUUUACCUCUUCUCCCUAAUCUACUGCAAGGUCUGAACAUGCUUCAAAGUGGCCUCCACAAGCAGCACAUGAAGGACCUGUUUGUGGAGUUGUGUUUGACAGUGCCGGUGCGUCUGAGCUCCUUGCUGCCCUACUUACCCAUGCUGAUGGACCCCCUGGUGUCGGCGCUCAACGGCUCCCAGACUCUCGUCAGCCAGGGCCUCCGCACCCUGGAGCUGUGCGUGGACAACCUGCAGCCCGACUUCCUCUACGACCACAUCCAGCCUGUCAGGGCUGAGCUCAUGCAGGCUUUGUGGCGAACUCUCCGUAAUCCAGCAGAAAGCAUCUCCCACGUAGCUUACCGGGUGCUGGGAAAGUUUGGAGGCAGCAACAGAAAGAUGCUGAAGGAGUCUCAGAGACUUCAUUACGUGGUGACUGAGGUCCAGGGGCCGAGCAUUAAAGUGGAAUUCACUGACUGCAAAGCAUCUAUACAACUUCCCAUGGAAAAGGCAAUCGAGACGGCUCUCGACUGUCUGAAGAGCGCCAACACAGAGCCCUACUACAGACGGCAGGCCUGGGAGGUCAUUAAGUGUUUCCUGGUGGCCAUGACAAGUCUGGACGACAAUAAACACGCUCUCUACCAGCUUCUGUCUCAUCCUAACUUUACGGAGAAGUGGAUUCCUAACGUCAUCAUCUCGCACCGCUACAAGGCGCAAGACACACCUGCUCGCAGAACAUUUGAACAGGCACUGACGGGGGCGUUCAUGUCUGCUGUGAUAAAGGACCUGAGGCCCAGCGCGCUGCCCUUUGUGGCCAGUCUGAUUCGGCACUAUACCAUGGUCGCUGUGGCUCAACAGUGUGGCCCGUUCCUGCUGCCGUGUUACCAGCUGGGCAGCCAGCCGAGCACAGCCAUGUUCCACAGUGAGGAGAACGGUUCGAAGGGCAUGGAUCCACUGGUACUUAUCGACGCCAUCGCUAUCUGCAUGGCCUACGAGGAGAAGGAGCUGUGUAAGAUUGGAGAAGUGGCUCUGGCUGUCAUCUUUGACGUGGCCAGCAUCAUCCUCGGCUCCAAGGAGAGGGCGUGCCAGCUGCCCUUGUUCUCCUACAUUGUUGAGCGUCUGUGUGCCUGCUGCUAUGAGCAGGCCUGGUACGCCAAACUCGGGGGUGUGGUGUCCAUCAAGUUUCUGAUGGAAAGACUGCCUUUGAUCUGGGUGCUACAGAACCAGCUCACUUUCCUCAAAGCCCUGCUCUUUGUCAUGAUGGACCUCACAGGAGAGGUGUCGAAUGGGGCCGUAGCCAUGGCAAAGACCACCUUAGAGCAGUUGCUGGUGCGCUGUGCCACUCCAUUAAAAGAUGAAGAAAAGACAGAAGAGCUGCUGGCUGCCCAGGACAAAUCUUUCCACAUGGUUACACACGACCUCGUCCGAGAAGUCACCUCCCCUAACUCCACUGUCAGAAAACAGGCCAUGCACUCCCUGCAGGUUCUAGCACAAGUCACUGGAAAGAGCGUCACAGUCAUCAUGGAACCACACAAAGAGGUUUUGCAGGAUAUGGUUCCUCCUAAGAAGCACCUGCUGCGUCAUCAGCCUGCGAACGCUCAAAUCGGUCUGAUGGAGGGAAACACCUUCUGCACCACUCUGCAGCCCCGCCUCUUCACAAUGGACCUGAAUGUUAUAGAGCACAAGGUCUUCUACACAGAGCUCUUGAACCUGUGUGAAGCAGAAGAUGCUGCUUUGACAAAAUUGCCAUGUUAUAAGAGCCUUCCCUCCCUGGUUCCCCUUCGUAUUGCUGCCCUCAAUGCCCUGGCAGCCUGUAACUACUUGCCACAGUCCAGAGAGAAGAUCAUUGCUGCUUUGUUUAAAGCUCUUAACUCCACCAACAAUGAACUGCAAGAAGCRGGAGAAGCGUGCAUGAGGAAGUUUCUGGAGGGUGCCACUAUUGAGGUGGAUCAGAUCCACACUCACAUGCGGCCGUUGCUGAUGAUGCUGGGCGAUUACCGCAGCCUGACGCUCAACGUUGUGAACCGCCUGACCUCGGUCACACGCCUCUUCCCAAACUCCUUCAACGACAAAUUCUGUGAUCAGAUGAUGCAACACCUGCGGAAAUGGAUGGAAGUAGUUGUCAUAACUCACAAAGGAGGCCAGCGCAGCGACGGCAGUCCUGCGUUGGAGGGUGUUGAGGAAAUGAAGAUUUGCUCUGCCAUCAUUAACCUGUUCCACCUGAUCCCAGCUGCACCUCAGACUCUGGUCAAACCUCUGCUUGAAGUGGUCAUGAAGACAGAAAGGGCAAUGCUCAUUGAGGCCGGCAGUCCAUUCAGGGAGCCUUUGAUCAAGUUUUUGACACGCCACCCAUCUCAGACGGUUGAGUUGUUCAUGAUGGAGGCUACACUCAACGACCCCCAGUGGAGCCGAAUGUUCAUGAGUUUUCUGAAGCACAAGGAUGCUAAGCCACUCCGAGAUGUGYUGGCUUCUAAUCCGAACCGCUUCGUCCCCCUGCUUGUUCCUGCUGGUACUGCAGCAACAGUUCGACCCGGGUCUCCCUCAACCACCACAGCUAGACUGGACCUGCAGUUUCAAGCCAUCAAGAUCAUUAGCAUCAUUGUUAAGAAUGAUGAGGGGUGGUUAGCAGGGCAACAUUCYCUGGUCAGCCAACUAAGACGAGUGUGGGUGAGUGAGGCCUUCCAAGAAAGACAUCGCAAGGACAACAUGGCUGCUACCAACUGGAAGGAGCCCAAGCUGCUGGCCUACUGCUUACUAAGCUACUGCAAACGUAACUAUUCAGAGAUYGAGCUGCUGUUCCAGUUGGUGCGAGCUUUUACCGGUCGCUUCCUUUGCAACAUGACCUUCCUGAAGGAGUACAUGGAGGAGGAAAUUCCCAGGAACUACUCGAUUCCUCAGAAACGUGCUCUUUUCUUCCGCUUUGUUGAGUUUAAUGACCCCCAUUUCAACGAUGAGCUGAAAGCAAAGGUGCUGCAGCACAUCUUGAACCCUGCCUUCCUGCACAGCUUUGAGAAGGGGGAAGGCGAGCAGCUGCUCGGACCACCCAACCCCGAAGGAGACAACCCUGAGAGCAUUACCAGCGUCUUCAUCACGAAGGUUCUGGACCCAGAGAAGCAGGCUGACCUGUUGGACUCACUGCGAAUUUGCCUCCUUCAGUUCUCCACCCUGCUAGUGGAGCAUGCUCCCCACCACAUUCACGACAACAACAAGUCACGCAACAGCAAACUGCGUCGCCUCAUGACGUUCGCUUGGCCGUGCCUCUUGCCCAAAGCCUGCGUAGACCCGGCCUGCAAAUACAGCGGACACUUACUCCUCGCUCACAUCAUUGCAAAGUUUGCCAUUCACAAGAAGAUCGUCCUGCAGGUCUUUCACAGCCUGUUGAAGGCCCACACGAUGGAAGCCCGGGCCAUUGUUCGCCAGGCCAUGGCCAUCCUCACCCCCGCUGUGCCCGCUCGCAUGGAGGACGGCCACCAGAUGCUGACCCACUGGACUCGUAAAAUCAUUGUGGAGGAAGGACACACUGUGCCACAGCUUGUUCACAUACUGCAUCUUAUUGUGCAACACUUCAGGGUGUACUACCCUGUUCGCCACCACCUGGUGCAGCACAUGAUCAGUGCGAUGCAGCGUCUGGGCUUCACGCCCAGUGUGACCAUAGAGCAAAGGAAGCUGGCUGUGGAUUUGGCCGAGGUGGUCAUUAAGUGGGAGUUACAGAGGAUUAAAGACCAGCAGCCGGAGUCUGAGUCUGAAGUYGUGACCGGUGAAGGAACAAGCGGGCCAGCUGUGAAAAGAGGUCUAUCUCUUGAGUCUGCCGGUGCUGGACAGGAUGUCAAAAGAUUCCGUACUGCAGCCGGUGCUGCUUCCACGGUGUUUGGACGUAGCCAGUCCAUGCCAGGAACUGAAACCAUGCUCACCAAACCUGUUGAGAAACAACAUACAGAUACUGUUGUUAACUUUCUUAUUAGGAUUGCAUGCCAGGUGAAUGAAAGCACCAAUGUGGCUGGGUCUCCAGGGGAGUUGCUGUCCCGCCGCUGCGUUAGCCUGAUGAAAACUGCCCUCAGGCCUGAUAUGUGGCCUCGCGCUGAGCUCAAGCUGCAGUGGUUUGACAAGCUACUAAUGACAGUGGAACAGCCAGCGCAAGCUAACAUCUCUAACAUCUGCACCGGUUUGGAGAUUCUCUGCUUCCUGUUGACGGUGCUGCAGUCGCCUGCUAUCCUGGCCCAUUUUAAGCCUCUCCAACGGGGGAUCGCUGCAUGCAUGACCUGUGGCAACACGAAAAUUCUGCGGGCGGUCCAUUCCCUUCUCUCUCGUCUGAUGAGCAUCUUCCCCACUGAGCCAAGUACAUCAACCGUGGCUUCCAAGUAUGAGGAACUGGAGUGUCUCUAUGCUGCUGUGGGCAAAGUUAUCUACGAGGGGCUUACCAACUAUGAAAAAGCAACAACCAACACUAACCCCACACAGCUUUUUGGAACUCUAAUGAUCCUGAAGUCYGCCUGUAGUUACAACGCCAGCUACAUCGACCGCCUCAUCUCUGUGUUCAUGCGCUCACUACAGAAGAUGGUCCGGGAACACCUCAGCCCCCAGCAGGCAAACCCAGGGGUCACUGAAACCAGUACAGGUACUCAUACAGUGACAAGCGAGCUGGUGAUGCUGAGUCUUGACCUGGUGAAAACUCGACUUUCUGUCAUGAGCAUGGAGAUGAGGAAGAACUUCAUCCAGGUCAUUCUUACGUCUCUGAUCGAAAAGUCGCCCGACCCCAAAAUCCUCCGAGCCGUGGUCAAGAUCGUGGAAGAGUGGGUGAAAAACAACUCUCCUAUGGCCGCCAACCAGAUGCCAAACCUGCGUGAGAAGUCCAUCUUGCUGGUGAAGAUGAUGACCUACAUAGAGAAACGUUUCCCAGAUGAGCUUGAGUUAAACGCCCAGUUCCUGGACCUCGUUAAUUACGUCUACAGGGAUGAGAGCCUUUCAGGAAGUGACAUCACAUCCAAACUUGAGCCAGCGUUCCUCUCAGGGCUUCGCUGCACUCAGCCGUUAAUCAGGGCCAAGUUUUUUGAGGUGUUCGAUGCCUCUAUGAAGCGCCGCGUUUAUGAAAGGCUCCUGUACAUCAGCUGUUCUCAGAACUGGGAGGCAAUGGGCAGCCACUUCUGGAUCAAACAGUGCAUUGAGUUGCUGUUGGCAGUGUGUGAACGAAACACAAUCAUCGGCACCAGUUGCCAGGGAUCUAUGCUGCCUUCUAUCACCAACGUCAUCAACCUGGCCGACAGUCAUGAUCGUGCAGCCUUUGCCAUGGCAACACACGUCAAACAGGAGCCACGCGAAAGGGAAAACAGCGAGACCAAAGAAGAGGAAGUGGAGAUUGACAUUGAAUUAGCACCAAGUGACCAGACAACCAUUCCUAAGACCAAAGAGCAGGCUGAGAGAGACACAGGCAACCAACUGCACAUGCUUACCAACCGCCACGACAAAUUCCUUGACUCAUUACGGGAAGUCAAGACGGGGGCUCUUCUGAAUGCCCUAGUCCAGCUCUGUCACAUCUCCACACCACUGGCUGAGAAGUCCUGGGUUCAGCUUUUCCCUCGCCUCUGGAAGAUCCUGUCUGAUAGACAGCAACAUGCUUUGUCUGGUGAAAUGAGUCCUUUCCUGUGCAGUGGCAGUCACCAGGCCCAAAGGGACUGCCAGCCCAGUGCCCUGAACUGCUUUGUGGAAGCCAUGUCCCAAUGUGUGCCUCCGAUUCCCAUCCGGCCCUGUGUGCUGAAGUACCUGGGCAAGACGCACAACCUCUGGCUGCGCUCCACCCUCAUGCUGGAGCAGCAGGCCUUUGAGAAGGGCCUGAGCUUGCACACUAAACCCAAGCAGAGCACAGAGUUUUAUGAACAGGAGAGCAUCACACCGCCUCAGCAGGAGAUUUUGGACUCCCUGGCUGAGCUGUACUCGCUUCUCCAAGAGGAGGACAUGUGGGCAGGUUUGUGGCAGAAGAGGUGCAAGUUUCCUGAGACGGCAACAGCCAUUGCCUACGAGCAGCAUGGCUUCUUCGAACAGGCCCAGGAAAGUUAUGAGAAAGCAAUGGAAAAGGCCAGAAAAGAGCAUGAGAGGAGCAAUGUUUCUCCGGCUAUUUUUCCUGAGUACCAGCUGUGGGAGGACCACUGGAUACGCUGUUCUAAGGAACUGAACCAAUGGGAACCAUUGACAGAAUACGGCCAAUCCAAAGGUCACUCAAACCCAUAUUUAGUGCUUGAAUGUGCUUGGAGGGUUUCCAGUUGGGCUGCUAUGAAGGAGGCUUUGGUUCAGGUGGAGCUCAGCUGUCCCAAGGAGAUGGCGUGGAAGGUGAACAUGCACCGCGGCUACCUGGCAAUCUGCAACCCCGAGGAGCAGCAGCUCAACUUCAUCGAGCGUCUGGUGGAGAUGGCCUCUAGCCUGGCCAUCCGUGAGUGGAGGAGGCUGCCUCACAUCGUUUCCCACGUGCACACGCCGCUGCUGCAGGCGGCACAGCAGAUCAUUGAGCUGCAAGAAGCGGCCCAGAUUAAUGCCGGCCUUCAGCCUGCCAACCUGGGCCGCAACACCAGUCUGCAUGACAUGAAGACCGUGGUGAAAACCUGGAGGAAUCGACUGCCUAUUGUUUCUGAUGACCUCUCCCACUGGAGCAGCAUAUUCAUGUGGCGCCAGCACCACUACCAAGCCAUUGUGACAGCGUAUGAGACAAACACACAUGACCCGAGUAACAACAAUGCCAUGUUGGGAGUUCAUGCCUCAGCUUCUGCUAUCAUUCAGUAUGGAAAGAUAGCUCGCAAACAGGGAUUGGUGAAUGUGUCUUUGGACAUUUUAAGCCGUAUCCACACCAUCCCGACGGUGCCCAUUGUUGACUGCUUCCAGAAGAUUAGACAGCAGGUCAAGUGUUAUCUGCAGCUGGCCGGUGUCAUGGGCAAGAAUGAAUGCAUGCAGGGUUUAGAGGUGAUCGAGUCGACCAACCUGAAGUACUUUACCAAGGAGAUGACAGCCGAGUUCUACGCUCUUAAGGGCAUGUUCCUGGCGCAAAUAAACAAGUCCGAGGAGGCCAAUAAGGCCUUUUCAGCAGCGGUACAGAUGCACGACGUCCUGGUGAAAGCCUGGGCUAUGUGGGGAGACUACCUGGAGAACAUCUUUGUCAAAGAUCGGCAGCUUCAUCUGGGAGUUUCUGCUAUUACCUGCUACCUCCAUGCAUGCCGCCACCAAAAUGAGAGCAAGUCCCGCAAGUACCUUGCAAAGGUGCUGUGGCUGCUCAGCUUUGAUGACAAGAACACACUAGCAGAUGCAGUGGACAAAUACUGCAUUGGGGUGCCCCCUAUUCAGUGGUUGGCCUGGAUCCCCCAGCUUCUGACCUGCUUGGUUGGGUCAGAGGGCAAACCUCUGCUUAAUCUCAUCAGCCAGGUGGGACGAGUGUACCCUCAGGCUGUAUACUUCCCAAUCCGCACCCUCUACCUUACCCUCAAGAUUGAGCAGAGGGAGCGCUACAAAAGUGACUCAUCUGGUCAGCAGCAGCCCAGUUCUGUGGGGGCCCAGCCUCACUCGGGUGCGUCCGACCCCGGACCUAUCCGCGCCACCGCCCCGAUGUGGCGCUGCAGCCGGAUCAUGCACAUGCAGCGCGAGUUACACCCCACCCUGCUCUCCUCCCUGGAGGGUAUYGUGGACCAGAUGGUGUGGUUCAGAGAGAACUGGCAUGAAGAGGUCUUGAGGCAGCUCCAACAAGGUCUGGCUAAAUGCUACUCGGUGGCAUUUGAGAAGAGUGGCGCCGUGUCGGAUGCCAAGAUCACCCCACACACGCUCAACUUUGUCAAGAAGCUGGUCAGCACGUUCGGUGUGGGCUUAGAAAACGUUUCCAAUGUUUCCACCAUGUUCUCCAGCGCCGCCUCUGAGUCGCUGGCCCGCCGCGCCCAGGCCACUGCCCAGGACCCCGUUUUUCAGAAGAUGAAGGGACAGUUCACAACAGACUUUGACUUCAGUGUGCCAGGCUCCAUGAAGCUUCACAACCUUAUCUCCAAACUGAAGAAGUGGAUCAAGAUUUUGGAGGCUAAGACCAAGCAGCUUCCCAAAUUCUUCCUGAUCGAGGAGAAGUGUCGCUUCCUGAGCAAUUUCUCUGCCCAAACCGCUGAAGUGGAGAUCCCGGGCGAAUUCCUGAUGCCCAAACCUACGCACUACUACAUCAAGAUCGCCAGGUUCAUGCCCAGAGUAGAAAUUGUUCAGAAACACAACACGGCAGCACGCCGUCUUUAUAUCCGUGGCCACAACGGUAAGAUCUACCACUACCUGGUGAUGAACGAUGCCUGUCUGACCGAGUCGCGCCGAGAGGAGAGGGUCCUGCAGCUUCUCCGCCUCCUCAACCCCUGUUUGGAGAAGAGGAAGGAGACCACCAAGAGGCACCUCUUCUUCACUGUUCCUCGAGUGGUGGCAGUUUCACCUCAGAUGCGGCUUGUUGAGGACAACCCCUCGUCUCUGUCACUGGUGGAAAUUUACAAACAACGCUGUGCGAAAAAGGGCAUCGAGCACGACAACCCCAUCUCCCGAUAUUAUGACCGUCUAGCUACUGUGCAGGCUCGAGGCACACAAGCCAGCCACCAGGUGCUGAGGGACAUCCUGAAAGAAGUCCAGGGUAACAUGGUUCCUCGCAGCAUGCUGAAGGAGUGGGCUCUCCACACGUUCCCCAACGCCACAGAUUACUGGACGUUCAGGAAGAUGUUCACCAUUCAGCUGGCCCUCAUUGGCCUGGCAGAGUUCAUGCUCCACCUCAACCGUCUCAAUCCUGAGAUGCUGCAGAUAGCACAGGACACGGGCAAGCUGAACGUGUCGUACUUCCGCUUCGACAUCAACGACGCCACGGGUGACCUGGACGCCAAUCGACCCGUUCCGUUCCGCCUGACGCCGAACAUCUCCGAGUUCCUGUCGACCAUCGGCGUCUCCGGCCCGCUCACCGCCUCCAUGAUCGCCGUGGCUCGAUGUUUCGCACAGCCCAACUUUAAGGUGGAUGGCAUCUUGAAAGCAGUCCUCCGUGAUGAGAUCAUAGCGUGGCACAAGAAAACACAAGAGGACACGUCCAUCCCGUUGUCCCCGGCCGGACAGCCAGAGAACAUGGACUCCCAGCAGUUGGUCUCGCUGGUCCAGAAGGCUGUCACGGCCAUCAUGACCCGUCUCCAUAACCUGGCUCAGUUCGAGGGCGGGGAGAGUAAGGUCAACACCCUGGUGGCUGCAGCAAACAGCCUGGACAAUCUGUGUCGCAUGGAUCCUGCCUGGCACCCCUGGCUGUAAGCUGGUGGGGGGGAGAGGGGGGACCUUCAAAGGAAGGGCGAACAUGUCAUCUGAUGAACACAGACAAGUUUUUUUUUCAUGGAUUCUCUCCUGAAUGUAACUUCUUUUUAUCUGAAAUUAAAUGAAAAGCUGAAAGACUGGAGGACCUUUCAACAUAAGUUGACUUUAUAGUUUGUACC